AAGAUUUGGGACUGAAAAUGUUUCCCUUGAAGGAUGCUGAAAUGGGCGCCUUCACCUUCUUUGCUUCAGCCUUGCCACAUGAUGUUUGUGGCAGCAAUGGACUUCCUCUCACACCAAAUUCCAUUAAAAUUUUAGGACGCUUUCAAAUCCUUAAGACCAUUACCCACCCCAGACUGUGCCAGUAUGUGGAUAUUUCUAGGGGAAAACAUGAAAGACUGGUGGUGGUGGCUGAACACUGUGCACAGAGUCUGGAAGACUUACUUCGAGAAAGGAAACCUGUGAGCUAUUCUAAGGUUUUGUGCAUAGCAUUUGAAGUACUCCAGGGCUUGAAGUAUAUGAACAAACAUGGUAUAGUACAUCGUGCACUGUCUCCUCAUAAUAUUCUUUUGGACCAAAAGGGGCAUAUUAAAUUGGCUAAAUUUGGACUUUAUCACAUGACAGGUCAUGGUGAUGAUGUUGAUUUUCCAAUAGGGUAUCCAUCAUACUUGGCACCUGAGGUAAUUGCACAAGGAAUUUCCAAAACCAGUGAUCAUACGCCAAGUGAAAAACCAUUACCAUCUGGCCCCAAAUCAGAUGUAUGGUCUCUUGGAAUAAUUUUAUUUGAGCUUUGUAUGGGGAGAAAAUUAUUUCAGAGUUUGGAUAUUUCUGAAAGAUUAAAAUUUUUGCUUACUUUGGACUGUGUAGAUGAUACUGUAAUAGUUUUGGCAGAAGAACAUGGUUGUCUGGACAUUAUAAAGGACCUCCCAGAAAGUGUGAUGAAUCUUCUGAAGAAGUGCCUCGCCUUCCACUCUUCUAAGAGGCCCACACCAAGUGAAUUAAUGCAAGACAAGGUGUUCAGUGAAGUAUCACCUUUAUAUACUCCGUUUGUCAAACCUGCUAGUCUGUUUUCAUCUUCUCUGCGAUGUGCUGAUUUAACUCUACCUGAGGAUAUCAGUCAACUGUGUAAAGAUAUCAACAAUGAUUACUUAGCAGAAAGAUCGAUUGAAGAAGUGUAUUACCUUUGGUGUUUGGCUGGAGGUGACUUGGAAAAAGAACUUGUCAACAAGGAAAUCAUACGAUCUAAACCCCCGAUUUGUACACUUCCAAAUUUACUCUUUGAAGAUGGUGAGAGCUGUGGUCAAGGUCGAGAUAGAAGCUCACUUUUAGAUGAUACUACUGUGAUGUUGUCAUUAUGCCAGUUAAGAAAUAGAUUGAAAGAUGUUGGUGGAGAAGCGUUUUAUCCGCUACUUGAAGAUGACCAGUCUAAUUUACCUCAUUCAAACAGUAAUAAUGAAUUAUCUGCAGCUGCCACCCUCCCCUUGAUCAUUCGAGAGAGAGACACAGAGUACCAGCUAAACAGAAUUGUUCUCUUUGACAGGCUGCUAAAGGCUUAUCCAUAUAAAAAAAAUCAAAUCUGGAAAGAAGCAAGAGUUGACAUUCCUCCUCUUAUGAGAGGUUUAACCUGGGCUGCGCUUCUAGGAGUUGAGGGGGCUAUUCAUGCCAAGUAUGUUGCAAUUGAUAAGGACACACCAAUUCCUACAGAUAGACAACUCAAGAUUUGUGUGCCAGCAAGUCCAGCUCCUGGAAUGCAGUGCCCAGAGACACCCUGCUCCAGUAAACCUCAGCCUGAAGGUCUUGACUCUCUUUGUGCUCCAUUCCUAUAUUUAAAUUUUAAUAAUGAAGCUCUGGCAUAUGCGUGUAUGUCUGCUUUUAUUCCCAAAUACCUUUAUAACUUCUUCUUGAAAGACAACUCACAUGUAAUACAAGAGUAUCUAACUGUGUUCUCUCAGAUGAUUGCAUUCCAUGAUCCAGAGUUGAGUAAUCAUCUCAAUGAGAUUGGUUUUAUUCCAGAUCUUUAUGCCAUCCCUUGGUUUCUCACCAUGUUUACUCAUGUAUUUCCCCUGCACAAAAUUUUUCACCUUUGGGAUACAUUACUACUUGGGAAUUCCUCUUUUCCAUUUUGUAUUGGAGUAGCAAUUCUUCAGCAGCUGCGAGACCGGCUUUUGGCUAAUGGCUUUAAUGAGUGCAUUCUUCUCUUCUCUGAUCUACCAGAAAUUGAUAUUGAACGCUGUGUGCGGGAAUCGAUCAGCCUGUUCUGUUGGACCCCUAAAAGUGCCACUUACAGACAACACGCACAGCCUCCCAAGCCACCCCCCGAAAGUGGGGUCCGAAGCUCCACACCUUACUUCACUGACUGUCCAGAGCCGCCAAAGACAGAGCUGUCAAGAGAAUCUAUUUCAUUAAAUGACCUGAAGUCGGAAGUAUCCCCCCGGAUUUCAGCAGAGGACUUGAUUGACUUGUGUGAGCUGACAGUGACAGGUCAUUUCAAAACACCCCCCAAGAAAACAAAGUCCAGUAAGCCAAAGCUCCUGGUGGUUGACAUCCGGAAUAAUGAAGACUUCAUCCGGGGCCACAUUUCAGGCAGCAUCAACAUUCCAUUCGGCACUGCAUUCACGGCAGAAGGCGAGCUGACCCAAGCCCCCUGCACUACUAUGCUCCAGAACUUCAAAGGGAAGGUUAUUGUUAUCGUGGGGCAUGUAUCAAAGCACAUGGCUGAGUUUGCAGCUCAUCUUGUGAAGAUGAAAUAUCCAAGAAUCUGCAUUCUAGAUGGCGGCAUUAAUAAAAUCAAGCCCACAGGCCUCCUCACCAUUCCAGCUCCUCAAAUAUGAAGAAUCAAGAGUAUGGCUGUUGAAAGCGUGAAUGGCGUGCGCACUCAACGACAGCGCACUCUCCCAGCCAAAGGCAGGACCAGACACCAGAGUGUUGUGUUUCCCUAACCCUUUUUGUGAGACUUUGUUUUUCUCGUGGCCCAAAUGUUCAGCUAUCCAUGCAAAAGACUUGACUGUACUUGUAUUGCUGAAAGAAUUUUCUUAGCAGUGAAAUCUGAUCAGGACUUUUUACCACACAAAGUCAGAGAAAUUCCGCUGACAAGGUAGAUUCUGCGUUAUCAAGAAACCUCAGUUGCCGUGAAGAAGCUGCCCUCCGUUGCUCUGAACAGACAGUUCUAAGAAGGGUAUUAUAUAGAAUUUAUAGACCGACCAUAAGCUAGAGCUGUCUUCAUUCCAAGAUACUGAAAAGUAAAAUGCUUUUGUUCACAAUACAUUCCUGAUUAAUAAAUGUCAUGUUUGGUAAGAGUCCUGGUGGCAUGUGGUAAGGGAAGCACUGGACUGCCAAUCACAAGGUUAGGAAUUCAACCCACCAACCAC